AUGAUUGAAAACAAUGAAGGAUUUGAUGAAAAAACUCGUGCGGCUAUUCUUACCUUACAUACAUUAUUGCGACCUUAUCUUCUACGGCGUUUAAAAAUUGAUGUAGAAAAACAACUACCUGCCAAGCAUACUCAUAUUAUUAAGUGUCGCUUAUCGAAGCGACAAAGGUUUUUAUAUGACGACUUUAUGUCUCGUUCUAAAACUAAAGAAACUCUUCGAUCAGGCAAUUUUUUAAGUAUUAUCAAUUGCCUAAUGCAACUACGAAAGGUCUGCAAUCAUCCGGAUUUAUUUGAAGUCCGUCCUAUCGUAACCUCAUUUGCAAUGAGCCGUUCUGCUAUUAGAGAUUAUGAAUAUUGUGAAUUAACUUUACGUAAUCGUCUUAAUCGAGGAAACUAUCAUUUGGAGCGGAUAAAUUUGGAUUUAUUUAAUCUUAUUACUAUUGACUAUGAGAAUAUGGAUUGGUUGGCUACUUCGGAGUAUAGUGUGUUAGAUCCAGACAACUUAUUUGAGAAGAAACUUUAUUUGUGCAAUUCAAGAAUCAAUACCAACAUCGAAGAAAUAUCAUAUUAUAGCCUUACUAAGUUUGGUAACGUUAUGCAAAAUCACGUUCAUAUAGCGACCCUAGAGCGUUGGAAUCAUAUGAGAUAUAUCAAUUCGUUUCGUCUUAAACGACGUCCUAUAUACGGAACAGGUUUAAUUAAUAUAUGUAGACAAUUGGGUACGACAUCAUUUGAAAAAUUUUUAAUGGAUUCUAAGAAUCCUAGAAAAAAUUUAGAAUGUACUACUACAUUACCUGAUAUGGUCGUAUCUUAUGAGCGAAGAUAUGAUAUGAUGGAAGAAGUUAUAAAGAGAUAUGCUUUUGUGACUCCAGCAGUUGUUGCAUCCGAUGUAUGUUCAUAUGCAUUAGCUGAAUUACCUGAGGAAUUUCGAUAUAUCGUUCAUAAUCAAGUGCGGGAUUUAUAUUAUCCAAUACGGGUUAAACUUAUGAUUGCUUUUCCUGAUAAAAGGCUCUUGCAGUACGACUGUGGUAAAUUACAAGAAUUAGAUAGAUUACUUCGCAACCUUAAGGAAAAAGGUCAUCGCGCAUUAAUUUUCACACAAAUGACUCGCGUACUUGAUAUACUGGAAAUCUUUCUGAACAUUCAUGGACAUCGUUAUCUCCGUUUGGAUGGUGCUACUAAAAUAGAGCAACGUCAGUUAUUAACAGAACGAUUUAACAAUGAUCCAAGAAUUUUGGUAUUCAUACUCUCAACGAGAUCUGGUGGCUUAGGUAUAAAUCUUACAGGUGCUGAUACUGUUAUAUUUUAUGAUAUUGAUUGGAAUCCUUGUAUGGACCGACAGUGUCAAGAUAGAUGUCAUCGUAUUGGUCAAACACGUGAAGUAAACAUAUUUCGUUUUGUAUGCGAAGCAACAAUAGAAGAAAAUAUGCUCGCAAAAGCACAACAGAAAGAAAUGCUCGAUAAGAUGGUUAUCACUGAUGGUGGUUUUACGACCGAUUUUUGGUCACAACCUAAAGUUGAUUGGCGUGAUAUAGUUAAAGUAAUCGCACCUGACCAUGACAAGGAAAUUAAUGAUGAACCAGAAUCAGGAAUUGAAUUAGAACAAUGUCUAGCAAAAGUUGAAGAUGAUACAGAUGUAAACGCUGCACAAAUAGCGAAAAAAGAAAUGGAAUCGGAUUUAAUAGAAUUUGAUGAAAAUGCGAUAACUCCAACAGAAAGUUCGGGUGUAGUGGAAAAUUCUGGCGCUGCAAUAGUGAGAAGGGAAAGUACUAUUUCUACAGCACCUUCACCAAUGAAUGAAAAUUUUGAAGUUGAUGAUAGCCUUAAGUCGCAUCUUUUGCCUGUGGAAUUGUAUAUGUUUCGUUUUAUGGAAUAUGAUUUGGGUAAAUAUGUUGGAUUUAGUAGAGCAUUUGAGUAUAAUUCAACCGAAGAUAUAAACAAUGAAGAAUAA